UAUUGGUGUUAACGUUUUCGAAUGGAUUUCCCAGAGCGGGUUGAUUGUGUCAUCGACGGUACAGGCUUAAGUGAAUCUCUAAUCUCUGCAAGUUUAUCAAUAUUGGGGAAACAAGUCCUUCAUAUCGAUAGAAAUGCUUAUUAUGGCGGAGUCCUUGCAUCUUUACGAUUCCCUGAAUUCGAGAAACUUCUUAGUCAAAUUGAACCUGACUGCCCCAAAAGUCUUCCAACCAUUAAAGAUAAAUGUUUAGAUCUCAGUGGGAUUGAGUCUCCUUUAGUCACUCACAAGUCAUCAGAAUGGUUUCUAGGCUGUGACGAGAGUUUCGAUUGCUAUGAUGAUAAUGAUGCUGAAAAUUACAGUAAUGUGAGCAGAAAAGUUAUUAAUGAUUCACCAAGCACAAUGGCAUUGUCUAGUGAUAUCAUCGUUCAACACGAUCAUAUGAGCACUGAGAUUUCUAGUGUAAUUCGCGAGCUUGGAGAAGAACAAGAGAAAUCCAAUGUGGAUGGACAUGAAAAUGUUGUUACAGUAACCGAACAAAAAUCUGAUGACACUGAUAAGAUUGUUCAGUGCCAAAAAUUAUGGUCUCGGCCUAAACUACGAAACGCUGUGCGCCUACAUGAUAUAGACAUAGUACCAAAGAUAAUUUAUUCACACAGUCCUGUAGUAACUGCGCUUCAACGUGCUGAUGUAACAAGAUAUUUAGAAUUUCGUUUUGUAUCACGCCUGUUAGCCUAUAUUGGUAAUAAUCAGUGCACACAACAGUCUGGAACAGUCUCAAACAAUGCUGAUGAUCAAUCUUCCUCAACGAAUUUUACGGGUCAUGUAGUCAAAAUUCCCGUUUGUCGUUCUGACGUGUUUAAAACACGUUUAUUAAGUUUACAUCAAAAAAGAUCGUUAGGUGCAUUUUUCGAAUGGUGUUUUCAUUUAAUCAUUAAUGAUACUCAAUGCAGUACAACACAUUCUGAAAAAGAUGAAGAUUAUUGUGCAUACGAAGAUCGACCUUUUCAAGAUUUAUUAACUGAAAAACGUAAACUUGAUAAAUUUACCCAACAGUUAUUAAUAACUAAUCUAUCAUUCAGUAAUCAACAGAUUAAAACUAAAGAGGCCAUUUUCAGAAUCCGACGAUUGUUAUUCUCUAUGGGUCGAUUUGGACCAUAUCCAAUUUUAUGGCCAAUGUAUGGUUGUGGAGAUUUAACUCAAGGAUACUGUCGAAUGUCAGCUGUUUUCGGUGCGACAUUUUGCCUUGGUUGUAAAGUAGAAAAAAUUGAAUAUAUAAAUUCAGAAAUAGAUUCAGUAACUCAAUCCGUUGAGAAUAUGACCACAAAUAUGAAAGAUGGACAGAUAAUAACAGAAGCUGACCCUUCGUCAUCGUCAUCAAUGCCAAAGAAUAAUAAUGAUGAUGAUUUCAUUGUUUAUUUAUCUAAUGGUAAAAAAAUAAGAACAAAAUGUGUUAUUUUAUGUCCCGAAUGUUUGCCAUAUUCUUGGAUUAGUGAUUUUAUUAAUCAUUGGUGUGCCCGAGCUGUGCUCAUUACAGACUCUUCUCUUUUACCAGAUGACUGUAAAUCGAGUGAUAUUUCAAUACUUGCAUAUUCAUUUAAUGCAAACAAUCAACAAAAUGAUUUAUGCCUUGAUCCUGUUAUCAUAAUUGAAUGUCAAGUUGAAAAAAAUAAAUUCUGUAAAGAUAAUUUAUUUGUUGUACAUCUAUGCGCAAUCACUAAACAACCGAAUGAUCCAAAGAAAAUUUUUCAACCUCUUUUAAAUUGUUUAUUUACACAAUAUGAUAAUGAUACCGUAUGUCCUUCAUCGGUCAAUCAAGGUCAUUAUAAACGACCUCGAAUGCUAUGGGCUGGUUAUUUUUGUGUACCAGACUUAUCAUCUAUUCCAAAUAAUUUCUCUACACUUGGUAAAUCUGAAACAAUAAUGACCUCGAAUAUUUUUAUCACCGCUGGACCAGAUGCUACUCCAGACUUGGAUUCAAUUAUACCUAAUGCAGAAGAGAUAUUCCGUAAAAUAAUUUCUAUUCUAGGUUUGCCAAACAAUUCACAAAAUUCAGCAUCAACAACUAGCGGAAUAAACAAUGAUGACAGUACAUCUCAGACUAGUAGAUCAACUAUGUAUACUACAAUUGAUGCAGUUUGGGAUGGUCAAUUUCCACCUAAAGCACCUCAACCAGAAGAUAUUAUUGUGGUAGAUGAAUCGGUGAAUCCACCACCAGUAGUGAAAAUAGAAGUUCCUCAAGAAGAUCAGAAUUGUAGGUGACAUUGAUUCUGUUGAUAUUUUUGUCAAUUAUUAUUCCAUAAACUGUUUAGAAAUAUCUAAACCAUGAUAUUUAUGUUGAGUGAUGGCUUAAUCGUUAAGGUGUUCAACUUUCACUAAGUCCCAGCUUUGAACCCUGUCCCAUCUACUUGGGUUUAAGCAACCGCAUACUAUAAUUAGUCUUUACACUUGGAAUAUGGCUUACAUUCAAGUAUCUGGUGAGUUAAUAGAAAAUUAAUGUAUAUUUAUAUACUACUGUAUUGUUGAUGGUUAAGUGGAUUUUCUUCAUGUAUAUUAUGACUCUGUCUACAGCUAAUUGAGGUGAUGGCUUCUUUUCGCAACACUAGAGUUACAUCCUGACCUGACCACCGACCAACAUAAAUAGGAAAUUAUAUUACGUUCAUAACUACGCCAUAAGUGCAAAAGAAAAUAAACGGUAGGUCCGUAAUCAGUGAAUAGUAACUUUAAAAAUACCAAACAUAUAUUGAUGGUUUAUAUGCGGAAAAAAGAUUACAAUUAAGAUAACAUAAGGAUACAAUAAUCCAAAUGUCUAAUAAUUGUACAAUAGAAACCGAAGUCCCUAUGUUCGAUUCGCGUGUGCAUGGUCGUGAAUGAGUAUUUCUGAGGGUUCCCGUACUAGGACAAAAGCCCUACCCAUUUCUUCCAGAUUUUUAACAGUGAUGUAGCUAAGAUCAGUUCAUGAUUCCAAUUGUAAAAAUACUGCAAAUACUCCCUACUAAAAAUAUAAGUGAUAAUUUUUCACGAGGUAAUUCCUCAAGUUACAACUUUCUCGAUAUUCUUCCGUUUCAACAGCUUCCUAUGAUGUACAUUCAAUAGAACAUUGGCGCUUAAACCAAUGUACAUAAUAUAUGUUGAUAAACAGUAAGGAACUUGAUAUACAUUGUUAAAUAUAAAUCAAAUUUAUAUAAUAAUGUAAUUUGAUCUCAGUGCUUCCAAUUUAUUCAUAUGAAUUAAUAUAUCAUUUCGUAUUAUUUACUUCCCUUCAUUCAGAAAUUACUCCUACCUUUUCUUGAUUGUUGAAAUUGAACCAAACAUCAGUUAAGGAAGGAGAGACACAAGGAAAGUUCAUAUCAAUUUGAUGGAGAAAAUCUAAAAUUUUCCUUCAUAACUUUGACAAAUAAGCGAAUAACGGCAUUAAUGAUAAUAAUUUCUGUCUGAGUCGAAUUACAUGAUUGAUACUUCAUUCUCUCUCUCCCUCUGUGUGUGUGUGUGUUCAAUGUCUUCACCUUUCGCUUACUUUUUAACUUUCUUGUGUCUUCCUGUCGUCUAUGGGUUGUUGAUUUCUGUUUUAUUUUGAAAAAAAACUUAUCCACAUUUUCACUUCUGAGUUGAGAAAAGUGAAGAAUAUUAUCAAAGCAAUGGGAAAAUCAUUUUUAAUUUUUUUGUUUGUUUUUCUCUUCUUUCCUGUUUACGUCAGAACUUUUUUGUAAGGGGGGAACGAAAACUUUCUUAUUGUUAAUGAAAUGAAUGAUAUGAUCUAAAUAAAUAAUUUUGUGAUUUUUUUUUCAAAGAAAUAUUGUAUUUUUAAGGUUGCAUUUUGUUCUGUUUUCGUUUAUUUCCAUCGAUGGAUAUGUAUGCCGAUGGCAUUGUUUAUAUGUGAAAUAUUGUCGAGUAUUUUCUGGUGUAUACAACUGGCUUAUAGAUGUCAAUGAUGGACAAGUCACCGAAUGCGUAUGGAAGUAACUAGCUAUUUAGAUCAUAGCGGUCGUCAUUUAAGGAGAGAAAGAAUUGGGCACAUUAAAAAAACAUGAACAAAAUAGUGUUCAUCAUGAGAUGAUAGUAGCUUCUUCGUUAAAGUUUUAAACUACUCAGCAGUGGUUACUCACAACACAAUGAAAAAUCGAAACCAGGACUUUGAUUUUUGCAAUGAGCAUAAUAUUUUUAUAACUUUGAGUUGAAAUAAGUCCAUCCGUGGUAGAAAAUAUUUAUUCCGACCGUAUAAAUUACCUACAUAAAUAAUAGUGUUGUAUUCACUAGUAACUAACACCGAGAUGGAUUCCUUUAAUUUC